AUGAACUUCCUGAGGAACUCGCGCUCCGCCUUCUCCUGGCUCCAGAUCGCCCGCCGACAUUGCAGCAACACCACGCAUACCCCGGCAGCUCCUCCAUCAUCAGGCACUAAACAAGCAGGGCUCCUCUUCUCUGGCGCCGCGUUGUUCUUUUUCGGCACCUGCCACCGCGAGAAGGUGCCCUACACCAACCGCGUCCACUGGGUCUUCCUCCCUCCGUCGGUUCACCCCAAGUUUGGGAACAUGUUCUUCGACAAGAUCAAAAAGAAACGCGGGCACGCCAUCCUUGGCCCGUCUGACCCCAACACCGUCCGUGUCCGCCGCAUCGCCUCUGAUAUCAUCCGUAGUGUCAACGACGUCUUCCCCACCAACAGCCCCCGCGGACAAGACGGUACGCUGGUGUGGCCGCAGACGAGACAUCUUGAUGACCUUGACUGGGAGGUGAUCGUCGUCAAUAAUGCCAGAGUUAAGGCGUACAGCUUCCCCAAUGGUAAGAUUGUGAUCCACACGGGAUUGCUCGACUGCCUAAAGACGGACGCUGAAAUCGCCGCCCUUAUUGCGCAUGAGGCUGGACACGUUGUUGCAAAGCAUUACAUGGAGGUUUCAAGGAUCAUUCCUCCGAUAUGUGACCUACUAGCCGUGCAAAGGAAUGAGAUGGAGGCAGAUCUCAUCGGACUGAAGCUACUGGCAGCCGCUGGUUUUGAUAAACACGUAGCUCAUGGCGUCUAUGAGAAGUUCGGGGAGAUCGGACGAGAAUGGGGGUUUCAUCCUUGGUGUAAGAAAGAAUAACGGUUUUUAU